AUGAACAGUAUGAAAAUAAAACUUUUGAUUUCUUAUAAACAUUACUCUCCGUCACUGUUGUGUAAUUUCCAAAAACUAAACCAUCAUCACAUAUUUUCAUCGUCGCUCGCUUAUUCUACAUUAAGUAGUAAACGUUUAUUUAAUCACUUUGUCAAACCAGAGAAUCCUUAUAGUUAUAAAAGUAUACACACUACAAGCUAUUUGAACAAUAAGAAGGAUUUUUAUAACAUAUUAGGAGUACCAAAAAACGCUUCUCAAAAAGAAAUUAAGAAAGCUUAUUAUCAACUCGCUAAAAAGUUUCAUCCAGAUACCAACAAGGGAGAUCCUAGUGCUAACAAAAAAUUUCAAGAAGUUUCUGAAGCCUAUGAAGUGUUAGGAGAUGAAAAAAAAAGAAGUACAUAUGACACAUGGGGAUCUAAUGUUAAUCCAAACCAUAUGGGUGGGCCUGGAGGAGGUACAGGAAAUGAUAAUUUCCAAAAUGCAUGGAGUUACCAAUCUAAUGUAGAUGCUGAAGAAUUAUUUAGGAAAAUAUUCAAUCAGAGUGGGUUUGGAAAUAAUAAUUCGUUUGAAGAAGAUUUUGCCGAUUCAAAAUUUGGAUUUGGAGCUGCUGAAGAAAUUGUUGUUAAAAUAACAUUUGAACAAGCUGCUCGAGGUGUGAACAAAGAUUUAAAUUUAAAUGUGGUUGAUAUUUGUCCCAAAUGCCGUGGUUCUCGUUGUGAAUUAGGAUAUAAAGCAACAACAUGUACUCAUUGUAAUGGAACUGGAAUGGAAACUGUCUCAAGAGGCCCCUUUUUAAUGAAGUCAACAUGUAGACAGUGUCAAGGAACUAGAGUUAUUAUAAAAAAUCCAUGUAUAGAAUGUCACGGGAAAGGAAGCACUGUACAACGUAAAAAAGUAACAGUACCAGUUCCAGCAGGAAUUGAAGACGGUCAAUCUAUUAGAAUUUUGGUCAACAGAAAUGAAGUUUUUGUUACUUUCAAAGUGGAAAAAUCUGAUUAUUUUAAAAGAGAUGGUUCUGAUAUCCAUACAGAUGCUAAAAUUUCUAUAUCUCAAGCAUUAUUAGGAGGAUCUAUUAGAGUUAGAGGCAUUUAUGAUGACCACACAGUGCAGAUUGCUCCCGGUACUAGCUCACACACCAAAAUUAGAUUAUUCAAACAAGGAAUGAAAAGAGUGAAUUCCAAUUUACUUGGUGACCAUUAUGUUAAUGUUAAAAUAGAUGUUCCUAAGUCAUUAACAAAGAAGCAGGAAGCAUUGAUUAAAGCUUAUGCAGAGCUUGAAGAAAAGACACCUGGAACAAUAAAAGACUUAAAUCAUAAAAAAGAUGGCCCAUCAGCUGAUCAAACACAAUCAACCCAAACAGCUGAUGAUGGGAUUUUCACAAAAAUUAAAAAAGCAUUAUUGGGAUAA